CGACGACCACCAUUACCGUUCUCACUUCCUGUGUAUUAUUACCACGAGCCCAAGCCCGCCGAAAAGCCACGAUCGAUACGAACAGUCAAAUCUCCAAGCAUCCUGGCUACCCGACAAGUUCCGUUCGCACGCCCUGGACUCGAAACUGCACUUGUUUUCAUUCCUUUGCCUUUGACGCCUACUGUUCAUGUACGGAGUACCCUGCACCGCACGCAUCUUGGGGUCGUUUGACGCUGGCACGGCAAUCCGCAAAACACAUUCUCGCAGACGGGCAGAUGACAUCCUGCGUGCCUUACUUGAUUGCGCCGCUGGGACGGUCCACAUAGACAAAGCGCGUCUCCGCCGCAAAGGCAGGAGCAUGAUUUCGCUGGCAGGCCGAAAAAAGCAGCAAGGACAGAAAAAAAAGAAGGAGAGCGGAAAAAAAAACACCAUUUCCAGCAGUGUGGGGCCAGGCACCGCGCUCAGCUGCAUUGCAGAUGCACCUCAGCCGGUGCACCGCACUACUUGUACUAAACCACGCACGCCCGCCAGCCCGGUUCCAAGCCUCGCACACGUUUCGCUGCUCCCAAAUGGUGUAGUCUUCCCAGCGCUCCAGCUGCCGUUCUCCGUCUUGACGAGUCGCAAGAAAAGAUAACAGAAAGAGAGCAAAUACGGAAAGGCCAAGGGGCGUAAAAAAAACACAAAAAAAAAAAAAAAAGAAAA